AUGGCUGAAGCGGCAGCUCCAGUAGAGGAGGCGCACAACGACAGUUCCAAGCUCCGGACCUUUCUGACCAUCCUGCGAAAGUUCAUUGGCGUUGCCGACCUCGCGUCCGUGCGGUUUUCGCUGCCGUCGCAGCUGCUCGAGCCGACGCCCAACUUGGAGUACUGGAACUAUCUCGAUGCUCCCAACACGUUCAUCGCCAUCGGGACGUCGGACGAGCCGGUGGACCGGAUGCUGGAGGUGCUCCGGUUCUGGUUCACCAAGGACCUGAAGUACGCCCGAGGUCGCCCGUGCAAACCGUACAACUCGUGUCUGGGCGAGUUCUUCCGCUGCAACUGGGACGCCGAGGACAACGCGCCGGCAAUCCUGCAUCAAGAGCUCGCGACCGGCGGUGGCAGCAUCAGGACAAACGGCAACGGCGGCGGCAACAGUUCGGCCUCGAGCGUGCGGUCGACCGGCUCCAACACGGGCUCCAAUGGCGGCGGGUCCGCCAGCACGCCUCGAGAGGCGUCGAACGUGUCCGUGCUGCAGACGGGAACAAACCCGGCCAAUGGGACGGUGCGGGUGUCGUAUCUGACGGAGCAGACGUCGCACCACCCGCCAGUCAGCGCGUUCUUCAUCAGCUGCCCUGAGCGUGGCCUGCACGCCCGCGGCUUCGACCAGAUCACGGCCAAGUUCACGGGCACCAGCAUCAAGGUGUCGCCGGGCGAGCACAACCUGGGUAUCUUUGUCACGCUGGAGAAGCGCGACAACGAGACGUACCAGCUGCAGCACCCGCCCGCACAUCUGGGCGGCCUCCUGCGCGGCGCGCUCAGCGUCAGCGUCGGCGAUGUGGCUUACAUUACCUGCCCCAAGACCAAACUCAAGGCCAUCCUGCAGUAUUACGACGAGGGCUGGCUCGGCCGGACGACGAACAAGGUGGACGGAAUCAUCUUUCGAUACGAUCCGGACAACGACGACAAGCUGCGCAUCCGUGAUGUACCAGAGGAGGACAUUCUGGUGCGGCUGAACGGGCCGUGGAAGGAGAAGAUUCUCUUUACGAUUGGGCCCAAGCCGGUGGCCUCGCAUCCCGUCGCUGAGCAGACAACCAUCAUCGACCUAAUACCGCUGUCUGUGGCGCCCAAGAUACUGCCACCCGACGAGAAGCAGCUGCCAAACGAGUCUCUGCAGUUGUGGGGCGGCGUGACGAAAGCGAUCCGCUCGAAGCAGUUCUCCCUGGCGACAACGCUCAAGCAGGAGCUGGAGGAGGGUCAGCGCGAGAAGGCGCGGGAGCGUGAGCAUAAGAAGGAGGACUGGAAGCCGGUGUUCUUUGAGCAGCCGACAGGCAACGGCGGAAAGCCAGAGCUGUCGGCUAAGGGCUGGAAAGUGCUGGAACGCGCACAGAAGGGCGACUGGAGCAUGGAUGGCAUCCUGGAGGAGGCGGCAACGCCUUCCGAAGUCUAG